CUUGAGCUGAUGAGUCUCCGGAGCAGAAGGCGACUACUCCGAGGACCGCGUAUCCCGGAGGUUCACUCCUAAAGUGGUAGUGAAAGUAGGUGCCGGAGGCUGCCCAGCACCUUCCACUGGACCCAACACAGGUGGACACUUCCCAGGGCCUGGCCCCUGCUUGCCCGGAGCCAUGGACUGACUGGCAGUACAUGCUGCCGCCAAGGGGCUUCUUUCUCCCUGGAGCUGCAGGACCCAGUGAAUCGUGGGGUCCACCAUGCUGCCGCUGGGUAGUGACUCUGAGCAGAGGAACAGCCUGGGUGGGCAGUGGAGACGGGUGUCCUGGAUCACCUGCUGGGUUGCCCUCUGUGCCGCCGAGGCCCUUCCUAGCUGCCCAUUCUCCUGUAAGUGUGACAGCCGUAGCCUGGAGGUAGACUGCAGCGGCCUCGGCCUCACCACGGUGCCCCCGGAUGUGCCCGCGGCCACCCGAACCCUUUUACUCUUGAACAAUAAACUGAGUGCCCUGCCGAACUGGUCUUUUGCCAACCUGUCCAGUCUACAAAGACUAGACCUAUCCAACAACUUCCUGGACCAACUACCCGGCUCGGUGUUCCAGGACCUGACGAAUUUGACAGAGCUGCAGCUGCGCAACAACAGCAUCAGGACCCUGGACAGGGACUUGCUGCAGCGCGCACAGCUGCUACGCCACCUGGACUUGUCCAUCAACGGCCUGGCCCAGCUGCCCCCUGGCCUGUUCGACGGGCUCCCGGCGCUGCGCUCCCUCUCGCUUCGCUCUAACCGCCUGCAGAGCCUGGACAGGAAGACGUUUGAGCCCCUGGCGAGCCUACAGCUGCUGCAGGUCGGGGACAACCCGUGGGAAUGCGACUGCAACCUCCGUGACUUCAAGCACUGGAUGGAGUGGUUUUCCUACCGAGGUGGGCGCCUGGACCAGCUGGCCUGUACGCUGCCCAAGGAGCUGAGGGGAAAAGACAUGCGCAUGGUCCCCAUGGAGAUGUUCAACUACUGCUCCCAGCUGGAUGACGAGAACAACUCUGUCGGCGUGGACGUGCCGGGGCCACCCUGCACCAAAGCCAGUCCAGAACCCCCUAAGCCCAAGCCUGGGGCAGAGCCUGAGCCCGAGCCCAGCACAGCCUGCCCGCAGAAGCACAGGUACCGGCCAGUGAGUGUGCGGCGGGCCAUCGGCACCGUGAUCAUCGCCGGGGUCGUCUGCGGCAUUGUCUGCAUCAUGAUGGUGGUGGCUGCUGCCUAUGGCUGCGUCUACGCCUCCCUCAUGGCCAAGUACCACCGGGAGCUUAAGAAGCGCCAGCCGCUAAUGGGAGACCCCGAGGGUGAGCCCGAAGACCAGAAGCAAAUCUCCUCGGUGGCCUGAGUGAGCGGGGGCCCCAUCUGGCCCAGGUAGGAAGGGCAGGG